AUGCUCCAAUAAUAGACAUAACAGUAACCAGUUUAUAAUUAACCAAGACCUUCACCCACAUAAUAAUUUUAAUAGCCCCCUCCUCCAGGUUAUUGCUGUGAGGAUCCAACCUGUCCGUCGACUUAAAGAUACUUAGCAGCAAAAAGAAAAGGGUGUGGCUUUUUCUAUGUCCUUAAAAGAUAUUAUUUAGCAGUGUUUCUUAUUGCAGGGAUCAUUGGAAUGAAUGAGGAAUUAAAAAAUCCAUAAAGUUAUGUUAAUAAUACUGUUAGAUAUUAUCUUGAUCAACCUACACUAUUGGAGUAUUUCAUGGGUAAUGCUAAACCAAUGAAUUUCAUCCCAGAAACUAUCAAUGAGUGUAGUAAUAACAUGACAUUCAAAGAUUUCCAUAUUGAACUCAUAUUGGAUUACCAGCCAUGUCUGUUUAUAGGUUAAGUGGAGGAAUGGAGAGCUUUAGACAACUGGAAGCAAGAAAAUUACUUGAGAGAGAAAAUAGGUAAUCACUCCAUUGUCUAAGUAGAUAAAGUUAAGGGUGCUGCCAAGUUCGGAUAAUAAUUCUCUCCUGAAUACAGAAGAGAAUAUAUUAGAUACGAAGACUUCAAUUAAAAAAUGCAUCUUAAGAAGUCUAAGACUAAUGAGUUCUAAUAUGCUAUUUAUGAGUAAUCAUUACCAGAUACUCUCCUAGAAGAUGUAUAUCAACCUCCAGUAAGCUAACAAAUCUUGAAAUUGGAAGAUACCACUUUUAGUCAAGGUGUUGAUUUGAGAAUUGCAGCUCAUUAUGAUAAUAGAGAUAGAAUGUUUUGCGUAGCACAAGGUUUUUUCAAUGUGACAUUAGUAUCUCCAUGGGAAAGAAUACCAACAUACGCAGGUGGAUUUCCAAUGAUGCCUCCGAAUUUUUCACCUGUAGAUUUCAACAAACAAGAGCAAAGAUAAUUUAUUGGAUUUGAGCAGGCAGUGAAGUAUUAUAUUGAUAUAGAAGAGGGAGACUGUCUAUAUCUGCCAGCAUACUGGUGGUAAUAAAUCGAAGGGGAUUAAAAAGGUACAUCAAUUGCUGUUUCAUACUGGUAUGAGAUUAGUUCAGAAUGGCUUAAGUUAAUCUUCACUGGAAUUGAGAAUAAUCAUAUUUGA